AUGCGGAUUGGGGACGGAUAUUGCAACGCAUCCCCUCAUUUCGACCACUGGGGUCAAAGCCUGCAUACCAUCCUCGGCACCAUCUCGGUUGCAAGCUCUCUAGUGAGCGGCCUCUCGACGCCGUUUCUGGCUAAGCUUGCAGAUCUCGCCGGGCGUCCUGUGGCGCUCUCGAUAUCCGUAGUUCUCUUUACUCUGGGAUACAUCAUCAUCGCGGCCUCCAAGACGGUCGACGCCGUCGCAGGAGGAGAGAUUAUCUAUGCCCUCGGUAGCCAAGGGCUGAGGUUCCUCACAGGCAUCAUUGUCGCCGAUAUCACCUCUUUACAGUGGCGGAGCGUCGUUUACGAGCUCCUCAUCGCCACUCCUAUACUCAUCAAUACGUUUACAUAUCUCGACUUCGGGAUGUUUGCGAUUUUGGUUCCUGUGACCCUCAGUCCCGGCGCGUUGACGCUUCUCUUCUGGAGCGAGCGGAGAGCGAAGAACCUAGGAGCGCUAUCGCUCACCUCAAAGAACAAAGCUGUCAACAACGGUGCACGCCUAUCAAUACCUCGGAAGGUCAUCGCAAGCUGGAACGCCAUGGAUGCCCUCGGACUUCUCCUGAUCGGUUUCUCGUGCGCGAUGCUCCUCAUCCCCCUCACUCUGUCGACCACUGCGAAGAACGGCUUCCGUAACCCGUCUCUUGUUGCAAUGUUUGUCGUCGCAGGCGUCCUUCUGAUCGCGACAGCGGUCUGGGAGUGGAAGUUCACAUCGCACCCGAUCAUGCCUUGCCGCAUCUGGAACCGCACGAUGAUUUGCUGCGCGUUCAUGGAAGCUGUCUAUUUCCUUUCUAGCCAUCUGUUCUCGACGUACCUCAACUCGUGGGUCUAUGUGCUCUCAAAGUACACAUACUGGACAUACAUCCAGACCGUCACUGGCGCCUUCGUCUGCAUCCUAGUAGGCUUCCUCAUGCGCUACACCCACCGCUACAAGUACCUUGAAAUAUUCGGCCUCUGCGUCCGCAUCAUCGGUCAAGGGAUCCAGCUCUACGCGCUCUCAAACCCGUCCACCACCGUGCUCGUCCUCAGCAUCGUCAUCAUCACCGUCGGGGCCUCCUUCCAGAUCGUCGGCUCCCGCGUCGCAGUGCAGGCCUCGGUCCCGCACCAGGACAUGGCGCUCGCCACCGCGCUCCUCGGGCUGAGCGCAAGCGUCGGCGGCGCCGUCGGCUCCGCGGUCGCCGCCGCGGUCUGGAUCGCCGAGGUCCCGCGCGGCCUCGCGCGGCUCCUCGGGGACGUGUACGGCCCGGAGGAGCGUGCGCGGAUCUUCGGGAGCAUCGUCGUCGCGCGCAGGGUGCCGGAGCACGCGCAGAUCGUCGAAGCGUACAAUGGGGCGAUGCGGCCGCUGUUCAUCGCGGCGCUCGUGACGGCGGUCCCGCCGCUCGUUGCGGGAUUGCUGACGGAGGACUUCUACUUUGGGACGCGGCACAACGCGAUCGAGGACAAGGAGGUCACGAUGGGCGCGCAAGAGGAAGAUAUUCGGGCACGAGAGAAGGAGAUGAUGGAGAAGAAAUAA